GAUAAAUCUUCACUCAUGUUACUUAGUUGUUAGAUUAAUCAAAAAUUGAUCUUAAGAAUUAUGGAUCUACUAUGAUAGGAGUGUUAACACUAAAUAAUAAAGUAUAUAAGUCUAAAUAAACUUAGAUUAAUACUCUCAAAUUUGGUGAUUCAAGAGCUAUCAAUUUUGAUUCUAAUUAAUAAAUAGAUGAUCAAAUUAUUAUCUAAAGAACAAAAACAAAAUUGUGCAUAUGAAACCAAAGGGAUUAUAUGGUGAGAGGAUUGAUUCAAAUAGAAAUACAAAAGGAUUUAUAGUAAUACUAUAAUGUCCUUUAGGAUUGGCUUUGAGAAAAUCAAUUAUUAGAGAAGUUCAAUGAUUAGAUGACCAAAAAUAUUGGAAUCAUUUAAGAUCCAGAAAUUUAUAAUUUUACUUUAGAAAUCAUAAAUAAAUAUCCAAA